AUGCCCGCGCGCACGAGCCGCGGCGUCGGACGACGCGCGAGACCGGCGACGUCGACGAUGCGACGCGCGGUGGAGACGGAAACCGAAACCGAAACCGAAACCGAAACCGACGCGGAGAGCGACGGCGACGACGAUGACGAUGGAUCGUCGACGUCGCAGACGGAACUGUUCGGUGCGAUCGAGGACGGCGAUCACGACGCCUUCGAACGCGCGCUGAGGGAAGACGCGGCGUGCGUCAAGGACGUGAACUCGAACGGAUGGACGGCGGCGCACCAGGCGGCGUACAGCGGCGAACACAAAAUGCUGCGAAGAGUGCUCGAGCUCGGCGUGGACGUCAACGCGAGGUGCGCGGACGGGUGCUUGGCGGCGCAUUACGCGAGCGCGCAGGGAGAGAAGAAGUGUUUACAAGUUUUAGGCGAACUUGGGUCGGAAUUCGAGACAAAGGAUAAAGACGGCGAGUCGCCGCUCGACGUGUGCACGCGCGGCGUGCGCGAGCUCUUGGCGGAUCUCAUCGUCGAGGCGCGGAAACGGAACGCAAAGUAGACGCGUAUGAUAUGAAUCAGUGAUAUUCCGCAUUCACGACCCGACGCGUCACGUCUCUCGCCGCACGAAAAUUUCCACGCACGUCACGUCUACCUCCACCUCGGCGUCGUUCGACACGAAGCGCCGCUCGCACGUCAUCUCCUUCCCAUCCUCGCGCACGCGUCUCGUCGUCGUCUCGUGCCCGAUCGAUGACGUCGUCGUCGUUGUGUGCGUGCGCGUCGCCGCGUCGAACGACGCCACGCGCGUCACCUCACCCGGUUCCGCCCCGAAGAUGGCGCUCGUUUCGUACUUUUCAACAAACUCGCCGAGCGAGUACGUCAGCGUGCGGUCGAUGCCCACCUCUUCAGACGUCGUUCGCACUUGAAACUCUCCCUCCGCGCCAGACUCGCUCGUCGUCCACGUUUGCUCGUACGACGCCCGCGCGCGUUUGAGCGCGUCCGUGCCGACGCCGUGCGCGACGAGGUAAUCGACGACGUUUUGGUUCCUCGCCGAGUCGCGCGACCAGUGCCCGAGAAACGCGUCGUGCGACGGCGACGUCGCGCUCGACGACGAGGGCGAGGACGAGGACGAGGACGCGCGAACGCGGCGCGUCGCCGCGAGGCGCGCGCGCGCCGCGGCGUGCGACGUCGAUGUCGACGUCGAUGUCGAUGUCGAUGUCGACGCGCGGACGCAUAUCCCGCGCGUCGACGCGGCGCGCGCGAGGGCCCCGCACGCGGGGCGACGCGACGCGAACGACGCGCUCGAGAUCGCGCCCGUCAUCGCGCGCGUCGAC